CGCGUGGAACGCUAUCAGAACAGUAUGACCACUGUUGAAGAGCUUGAUGAUCACCCAGUAUUCAAAAAUGACCCAAUUAAACUGCAGAGUAUGCUGUACAGGGAAGUUGAGCUGACUACUUGUGAUGGCCGUGUUCACAAUGGCAGGGUUUUGACCAUUGACCCUGUCUCAGAAAGCUGGGUGCUGGUCAGUGGUCUGGAGGCCCGCAGCCCCACCGUGGAGCUGGUGUUCGGUCACGGUGUGACGGCCUCUCGCACAAUCAGCGCAGAGUGUGACGAGCGGACCCGCCGGGCCAUGGACUCCCUGCUCCGCACCCAGACGGUGGAGCAGAGCGCGCUCUCGGCCGGCGCACUGCGCGCCCGGCGUGAUCACGUGGUCGGCUGGCUGCGGCGCCACCGUCUGCCGGUGGAGGUGGGCGCCGAUCACGUGACGGUGGCCGGCGUGGCCACGCUGCACGCGCCGUACACGGCCGACCAGUGCGUCUGCGCCAACGAGCUGGUGCUGCAGCGGCUGGACGCCCUGCUGCGGGCCGCGCCGCCGCCGGACGGGCCGGAACUCCCGGCAGGAGAGCCGCCAGAGGUCAGCUGAUGUGCCGCGCCGCGCCGCGCUGGGAGCUGGCCGAGCGGGAGGGUGGUUCACUACUGAGGGAGCGAUCGUGCCAUUGUCAUGUGUACUUUUUGUCAAACAAUAUAACUUAUUUUGAUA